AUGGCGCCUUCCGUUACGAAUUGGGCUGCUCUGUUCAGUUUGGCAGGUGUAUCACUAGCCACUGGGUACUACUUGGGUCAGAUCAACGCUUCAACGGUCAAGUCUACUAGUAAAAAGAAGCAGGCUCUAGAGACUCUGCGUAAGUGCAAACUUCAGGCCGAAGAGGAAUGCGGCGUCAAGGACGAGGAUUACGAGGACGGACUAGAGAGUUGUGGGGAGGAAGACGAUGAUGAGGAGGACGAAAUGGAAAUAAACUCUCUGUCGCUGAACGACAUUCCAGGUGAAGUGAGAAUGGCACUAGUGAUCCGUCAAGAUUUGGGCAUGAAAAAGGGUAAAAUCGCUGCACAAUGUUGUCAUGCAGCAUUAGCUUGUUACAGAUUAAUUGGUACUGAUCCAAGUCGCGAGUCUUACAAUAUGGAUAUGACCCAGAGAUGGCUCUAUGGUGGACAGGCCAAAAUCACGCUCAAGUGUCCCGAUAAAGAGAACUUAGACGAACUGUUUGCCAUGGCGCUUUCUCUUGGUGUGAACUCUUAUGUUGUGCAUGAUGCUGGGAGAACUCAAAUCGCAGCUGGUAGCGCGACAGUGUUGGGACUAGGACCAGCGCCUAAAGCGGUUUUGGACCAAAUCACGGGCGACUUAAAGUUGUAUUGA